UUUAGUCCGCUAUGACAGCUUUCGAAGAGUUCGGCAUCAUACCUGAACUUGGCGAUGCUGUAUCCGACUUGGGAUGGGAGCUGCCAACACCUAUUCAGUCCGAUGCUAUCCCUGCGAUACUCGGAGGCGGCGAUGUCCUUAUUGCUGCCGAAACUGGUAGCGGUAAGACUGGUGCGUUCUCAUUACCAGUUGUACAGAUCGUAUGGGAGCGACGGAAAGAUGUAAUGAAUGCGCAGCCCGGCGGAAAAUCAGCUGUCGGUUGGCGACUGAACCUGGCAGAUCGAGCCAUGGGGCUCGCUUUGAGUCAAGAUGGCUUGUCUUGUGAGAGCCGUGUGCCCAAAUCUUGGUUCGGAGCACGAUGUAUGGGCGGAGUACACACUAGAGGAAAGUACUAUUACGAGGCGAAGAUUACUCGAGAUGGCUUAUGCCGCGUCGGAUGGUCUACGCUGAGAGCCUCACUUGAUCUGGGUGCGGAGGACGAAAGUUUUGGGUUCGGUGGUACGGGAAUGAAGAGUACCCAGCGAAAAUUCGAGAAAUAUGGUGAAUCUUUCACAACGGGAGAUGUCAUGGGUUGCUACUUGGACUUGGAUAAUGGGAGAAUCUGGUGGUCCAAAAACGGCAAAGAAUUUGAGAUUGCGUUCCGACUGGAUGCCAAAUAUUCAAGUCCACAUGCAGCAUUGCAUCCGGCUGUGUUAGUGCAGAACUCAUCAUUGCAACUCAACUUCGGCGAUACGCCAUUCGCUUUUCCUCCAAAGGAUGGAUUCAUUGCGGUGGGUAAAGCUGAAUCUGCUUUGACUGAAUGGCGCGGUCUAGAAAUGGAAAGUCGAGGGAAGGAACCGACUGCCGCCCCUGUUUGCAUUGUUUUGGAACCAACAAAAGAGUUGAUCGAACAAACUCAUGAAAAUUUAGUGAAAUUCUCGAAGAAUGUGAGCGAUCCGAAAAUUAGAUGUGUGUCACUUGCAGCUGGAAUGAAUAUGUCGCAAUUGUUACAAGAGCUUGAUAAAGGCGUCGACAUUGUCACUGGAGGCGUUGGACGCAUUUUGGAUAUGAUUGAGACGCGCAAGUUGUCUACGAGUGCACUGAAUUUCAUCGUCAUUGAUGAGGCGGAUCAAAUCCUCUCAUCUUUUAAACAACAACUUGAACGGUUUCUUUCCAAAAUCCCCACGGUAGCUUCAAAUGGAGUUCGGCUACAAGUGAUUGCAUGCUCGGCCACAUUGCAUAACAUGCAGAUCACCCAGUUUGCUGAUAAGUAUAUGAACUUCCCGCAGUGGAUUGAUCUGAAAGGUAUGGAUAGUGUGGCUGAGACAGUACAUCAUGUUGUGUGCUGGGUGGAUCCCAUUAAUGACAAGCAGUGGAUUAGGAUCAUGCAUAGUCCCAAUCAUUUACAGCACGAUCUCGUACACGAGCACGACAAUAUCCGGCUGAACACGAACGAUAAGAAUACGAUAUCCUUGGGAACAAAGAUCUUGAAAGGAGUAUAUGUACUCAAGGCCAUUGAAGCUUUGAAAAUGGAACAGUGUAUUGUAUUCUGUCGAACGAAGCAGCAAUGUGAUGACAUGGAGGCUUAUUUGCUUCGAAAUAACUAUGCCGCCGUCUGCCUGCAUGGUGACAGGUCUCCGAGAGAGCGAUCGCAGGCGUUGGCCGAUUUCAAGGCAAAGACGAAGCCGUUCCUCGUGUGCACCGAUGUUGCUGCCCGUGGUAUCGAUAUCGGCGGUGUUCCAUUCUUGAUAAACGUCACAUUACCUGACGAAGCUCCUCAGUAUGUGCAUCGCAUUGGACGUGUCGGUCGAGCUGAAAGAAUGGGGCUAUCCAUCUCAUUGGUGUCUACUCAGCAAGAGAAAGUUUGGUAUCAUAAGUGUGGAAAUCCCAGAUGUCGAAAUACUAGAGAUUUGUCGGAGGGUGGCUGUACGAUAUGGUAUAAUGAACCAAAGCUCCUUGCCGAUAUCGAAGAGCAUUUGGGCCAGACCAUCGCCGUAGUAGAUCAAGACUUCCGAGUUCCAGUUGAUGAGUUCGAUGGAAAGAUUGUCUAUGGAGCAAAGAGACAGAAUGUUACCACCUUCGAGGGCCACGCUCCUCAGCUGGCUGUCUCCGUAGCCCAGCUAGCGGAUCUUGAGCGUGCACUGCAGUCCAGCUAUCUGGCAUCAGUCGGCGAAAAAUUCAAGAAGAUUAUAGUGCAAUAAAGAAGGCCCAGUGGACUUGAACAUAAAAACUAUUAAUAACAUUAUAAUAAACUUCAUUUAAAAUUUGAAGACGGGGAUAGAUUCUAUGUAAACUUUCUUCAAUGCAUGUUAAUGAAUAUAGUUUAUUAGCGAAGCUUGAUUUGUUAUUGUUAUUAUUAUGAGUUGAUAAACUAUGCGAUUUUC